CUGUCACUAGUCGCUAUCCGUCAAAGCGACAACAGAGUGAUUUGUAAUUUUGAUCCUCUACUGGAUUGGAUUAGAGUUGUACCCUACCCGUACGUACUGCAGUACGAACGCUCUGUUAUUGGUUGUUUUCUUUCGCGCUAAAUUUUGGCGUCACCUUUCCAGCGUUCCAUUAUUUUUGUUUCACUUCUCUGCGUGUAACAUCACAACAAUACACAACAGAUAGCUCCGUGCCUAGCACCGUGCUGGCCAUGGCAGCAACCACCGCCGCUGAACCAUGACCGUGGACGAUGCAACCGUUGCGGGAGAACAAAGACACCACAACGGGACGGACGAUCGCCGUCGUCUACCGGCAUUGUCGUGCUGGACCAGGGAUCUCACCGAUCGCCUGUUGUCUUGUGAGAACCAGAACGAAAACAAAAACGAUGACGAACGCGACGACGUGAACGGAUCGUCCCCUCCGUGGUUUGUGCUUUUGGACAACGUGAGCGGGUCGCAGUCCAGCGGCGUCGAGCCGGAGGAACGAGCCACACACCCCGGGCUUUUCGACGCGGAUCGCCUCACCGAGGAACUCGGUGUCUUCCUGGAACGACUGGCGCCCGCUCGGACCGCCGGGGACGCCAUGGGGGACGAGUUGUUCGAGCUCCUGCGAUCGGUGGGCCACGGGAAAGUGCCUCUUUCCGACCCAAGAGAGGCAGAUCCUCCGGUCUCCUCGGUGCGCGGGGACAGGAGCACCUUCGUUUCUAGGGAGCAACGACAACGACCCUCCUUUGCCACCCUUCGCCCGCACCUGCACCGGCUCAUCCAGGCGGUUUCGAACACGUUCGAAAACGAAUUCCACGGCGGCAACAACGGCGGCGAUAGCACGAACAAGGGUGGCAUCAAAUACGGCACGGCGGGUGACAACGGCAACCGCGGCCAUUCGAUUCGAUUGGAUUUGUCGAAGACGUCUGUCCAGGUGGCAGAGUACCCGGGGGAUUCGAAAAGCGGAUACCCUCGGCACUGUGAUCGAGAAAAGUCUUGUCACCACGAGUUACCAAUGGGAGCCACAAGCAACAAACGAAGCAGCAGCAGCAGCAGCAGCAGCAAGAACAUCGAACCACCAGCGUUGCGUCUCCUUACCGCGAUCUACUACCUCACCGACGAAGACUGGGACGGGGAGCUGGACGGAGGUGCCCUUCGCAUGUUUUGUCCCUCCGGAAACGGACGCUAUGUCGAUGUGGUGCCCCAUCGAGACCGGAUGGUUGUCUUUCGAUCCGAUCGGGUGGAGCACCAGGUUCUGCCGAGCCACCGACGGUCCCGAUUGGCCAUUACGAUAUGGUUCUAUGGGACCCUCGCCCUGGGAACAGAUCCGUCCCCGCCGACUUUGAGAAACGAUAGCGGUCCCGCCGCUCCUGCCGGGGUUGCCGAAAGCAGCGUUGCAAGGCCCCCAUCAAUGACGCCAGCGAUCGAGGCUGCGGCUGCGAUGAAACGCAACGGAGACGAGGCCAACGAUUCUUCUGCUGCGGUUUCAACGCCACCGAGCAUUUUUGUCUCGAUCGCCAGUUUCCGGGACUCGGAAACGCGUCCCACCCUCCAAGCCCUGUUUUCCAGGGCAAAACACCCGCACCGCAUCGUGGUAGGGAUCGUCGCGCAGCUGGUGGACGGGGAGGCAUACGACGAGGCCAUCUGGGAGAGCAUCGUUCGCUUUUCCCAGUCCCCCGAGCCCCUCGCUCCCGAGCCGCACCAGAUCCGUGCGAUGCGCAUGCACGCCCGGGAUGCCACCGGUCCGUGCUACGCAAGGGGGCUCUGCCAGAGCCUGUACCGGGGAGAAGACUAUGUUCUGCAGAUCGAUUCCCACAUGCGCUUCCGGGACCACUGGGACGACUACCUGGUGCGAACGAUCGUUGACCUGCGGGCACGGCGGCUCGUGGCCGCUGCCGACGUUAACGAAGCGGCGCAGGCCGACAAGAUCCUUCUGACGGCCUAUCCGGUGGGCUACACGCUCCCCAACGAGGUUCCCAGCGAGACACGGGGGACGUACCUGGUGCCGUGGAAGUUCGACACCAACGGCAUGCUGCGGCAGAGGGGGAGGCUCCUCCGCCGGGACCCGGUCGCUGCCCCAGACCCAACCAGCGCACGGGUGGUCGCCCACCGCCAGUACCUCUACGCCGGCGGCUUCAACUUUGGGCCCGGGAGGGUCGUCCGCGAGGUUCCCUACGACACGAACGGGCUGCACCACCUGUUUUUCGGGGAGGAACCGAGCAUGGCGGUGAGGCUCUUCACCCACGGGUACGACCUGUUCGCCCCCGCCGAGAGCGCUUGCUACCACCUCUGGAGCCGGGCCCACCGCCCGCCGCCUCCGGCGGGAACCACCGACCCCCUCCGGCGGGAGCUCCGGGACCGGUCCCUGGCGGCCGUACAGCGGCAGCUGCUCGGGGGCGAAAGCCCGCCGACCGGAACAACGACGACGACGACGCACGGCCUCGGCACGGUUCGCACCGCUUCGGAGUUUGCCGAGCGCCUGGGGGUCGACUUUCGCCGCCGGGCCUUUAUCCGGGAGGGAUGGGAAUGGGGGUCCCUGUCUCCCGGGGAUUUUGUGGGGGGCACCGGCGAGGACAGCGGGGAGGAACCCCGGCUUCCGAACCCAACUCCUUCCCACGGAGGAUCCGAAUGGUCGUCCCUCGAUCGCACCGCGAAGGACCUGAUCGGAGCGUUUUUGCGGGGGCUGCAGGAUGCCGAGGAGUGAAGCAAGAGCCAAGGGACCCUGUUCCAAUAGCUCUUUCGCGUCCGGAGUUUUGGCCCUGCGGUAUUGCAUACGAACGUUUUUCGAAAGUGUGCCCUAGUUUUACAACUUUACGUCCCCCUUUUAGUUAGUUUUCAUUCUGACGUUGGUGCUGAGACGUUGGAAAUAAGAAAGUAGGUAUGAGGGCGUUUGUAUUGAAACGUUUUCCUUCGCAUUGCUUGUAUUUACUUUCUCAAAAUAGGUGAGGAACAUAUCUUUGUGUGGAGACUAACACAGACUCAAAUACCACGCAAUUAGUAUCUUUCUCUUACUCAUGUUUAGUAUCUAUGAAAACUAAUAUGGCGUUCCCAAGCGACAACUCCGGGUCCUGGAUUUAAAGAAACAAAAAGAUCCCCGUUUUGGUCCUCUCGUAGUAGUAAUCGUACGUAGUACUUCUACACGUAACUACAUCUAGAAAUUUUUCACGAGCUCUCGUACAUAAAAUACUGUGGCCCUCGUAGGUUUUUGUGGCACUCGCAUUCGGUUUGUGCCUGGAUGAUGUUUCUGUACUGUACGUUUUUCUUCAGAGCAUCAGAAAACAUCGGUGCACACAGCCUGAAAAAGAUACGACUUCAUGCGAUUGCCGAUGCGCUCAUUGCAAUUCCAUCGCCUUUCAUUCUAUGCCUUGUUCAGGGGUGUGCACAUAUCACMGUCCCGUUUUGUAGGCCCAGUCCCAGCUACAGCAGCAGCGUCGUCGUCGUCGCUUUCGUCGUCCAAAAUCGGCAUGUCGGCUUCCUCUUCUCCCAGCACCCAACGGAGGACCGGUGUGGUGUACAACUUUUGGCGGGGCCAUCCAAACACGGGUCUUCUGCCGGCGAGAGAGAUGCAAGAAAUAUUGCAAACUAUGGCGUCUCGGGAGAACCAAGAACGCCUCACAACUUCCCUCCAGUACCUCAAAUCCGACCGGGGCGAUCCCUUUCUGUUGAAGGAACUAUCGCUCUUUUUGCGGAGGCACACCCUCGACGACGAAUUGCCGCUGGAAAACCAUGCCGAGGAACAACGAGACGAAGACAUGGAUAUGUUUCUUACCCACGGCGUCAGCCACGGCCUGGACAUGCUUUGCACGGCCCAGACCACGGAGGGGGACGUGGUCCUGGUCGAGCGGCCCUGCUAUUUCUUGGCGGCGGGCAUUUUUCGGUCGCACGGCCUCGAGGUCAAGAGCCUCCCCAUGAAGCAACGGGGCGGCGCGCCUGUGGUGGACGUGGGCGCACUGGAACGCGGGUUGCGCGAAGGAAGCAUCGGCGUGCCCCGCAUGAUCUACGUGGUCCCGACCCACCAAAAUCCGACCGGGAUCACGAUGCCGCUGGACGAUCGGUGGAGGCUGUGCCGGUUGGCGAGAGAGUUUGGGAUUCUGGUAGCCGCCGACGAGGUCUACCAUCUGUUGGACUGGAGGGAAGACAGGCGAACGCGACCGUCGCGGUUCUCUGUACUGGACCGUUUGGCAUCGUCGCAGCCAUCGCUUUUACCGGCAAGCGAUGGCGCUAAAAAGAUAAACCGAAAGACGAUGGGAUGCUCGGUGUCGGUGAGCUCCUUUACGAAAAUUUUCACCCCAGGGGUCCGCUGUGGCUGGAUCGAGGGACCGACCGAGAUCAUCGACUCCAUCGCCGACCUGGGAUACAUCCAGAGCCAGGGGGGCUGCGCCCCCUUCGUCGGCAACGUAUUGCGGACGGCACUCGAGGGGGGCCUGCAGGACAGGAUCCUGGCCGGAUUGAACGCAUCGUACCAAGAACGGUGCGAGACGCUCUGCGACGUCCUGGACUCCGAGCCAGACAUUCGGAUCGCCUGCCGUCCCGCGGGGGGAUACUUUGUGUGGGUGGACUUUCUAGACCUGCCCCGCACCGAGGACGAAACCGGUGCCGGGGAGCCACCCUCCUCGGCCUUUGCGUCGCACUGUCUCCGCCACGGCCUAAGGUUUAUGCCCGGUGUGAGGUGCGACCCGGUGGUGGACGGUUUCCAGCAGAGCGGACAACCGAAAGACCUGUGCGAGAGCUCCGCGAGGCUGUGCUUUGCGGACAUGGACCUGCACGAUGUUUCGGACGGCGCUAAGCUAUUGGUUCGGCUCUAUAGAGAAUACGUAGCAAAACAAGAUAAUCGGGCAAAUUAAUCUGUGCACUUCUCAACAAGCUAUUACUCAACAA